AUGUGCGAUGUUCAAGCCCGUACCGUCCUUUGGUUCCUGGUCUUCAUUGGAUUUGCUCUCAAUUAUAUGAUACGCAUCAAUUUGAAUAUUGCCAUUGUAGAAAUGGUUAUGCCAACAGAUCCAAAGACUACAGGUCGGGCGCCUCGAAUUGGAGAAUCACAAGACAAGCUUUCGGCGAUGUCAACAUAUGAGGAAAAAUAUGUUACCAACAGUUCUGAAGGUCUCUUGAUUUUGGAGUUGGAAGGGGAACAUCCAAAGAACACCUCAGGAGGGAUCUCUCCUCAUGACUCAACCCGUUUCAAUUGGAAUGAAUACGAACAAGGUCUAGUAUUGGGUUCCUUCUUUUGGGCCCAUUGGAUAACCCAGAUACCGGGAGGUAUUUUGGGUAAAAAAUAUGGCACUAAAUUGGUGUUUGGCCUUUCCAAUGGCAUGGGCUGUUGGUUGUGUUUUCUAAUACCCACAAUGGCGCAAUGGGAUUAUAGGGCCUUGAUUGUGCUAAGGGUGCUACAGGGAUUGGUGGCGGGCCUAGCCUGGCCCUCAAUGCAUGUGUUGACAGCUAAAUGGAUACCGCCCAAUGAACGUAGUAAAUUUGUCACCGCUUAUUUGGGUAAUUCGGUGGGAGUGGCUGUAUUUUAUCCCCUGUUUGGUUAUGUCAUGUAUUGGGCCUCAUGGCCUUGGGUUUUUCACAUCUGUGGUGCUUUGGGCGUUCUGUGGUGGUUGGGAUGGCAGUAUUUUGUCUAUGACUCACCGGCCCAACAUCCACGCAUAAGUGCGACAGAGGCGAGUUAUAUUGAAAAUUCGUUGGGCGCCACUGUGGAUAGCAAUAGAAAGGUGCAGACACCAUGGAAGCCCAUAUUGACCUCUAGACCGGUGUGGAUGAAUGUCAUAGCCCAGUGGGGUAGUAUAUGGGGCCUAUUUACUCUGAUGACCCAGGCUCCCACGUAUUUUCGAAUUUUACACAAUUGGAAUAUUCAGACGACUGGCAUCUUUUCGGGCUUGCCCCACUUAAUGCGCAUCAUUUUUGCCUAUUGCUUUUCCCUGUUUGCCGAUUAUCUUCUGAGGACAGAGAAGAUGAGCCGAACAAAUAUCCGGAAAUUGGCAACAGUAUUUUGCUGCAUUAUCAAGGGUUUUGUGGUCCUUUCUCUGGCCUACUUUGGCUACAAUCCAACGGCUGCAAUUGUUCUGUUCACCGUGGCCACCAUGUUCCAUGGCGCCGUAUCAUCGGGAUCCUUGGCCUCUAUGGUAGAUAUAACACCCAAUUUUGCUGGCAUUGUGUUGGGUUUGAGUAGCAUGAUUGGUGUUCUGCCUGGUUUCAUCUCGCCCUACAUUGUGGGCCUGUUGACAUUGGAUAAUCAAACCUUUGAGGCCUGGCAACAUGUAUUCCAAAUUUGCGCCACAAUGUUAAUUGGCUGUGGGCUGCUGUAUGUCAUAUUUGGCGAUUCCACAUUACAGACAUGGAAUGAUUAUAAAUCAAGGGGGAGAGAUGAGGAAUCGACGGAAGAGAUUGGGUAGAGGGGGU